AGUUGAUCCUCGACUCCUCGAAGCUGAGGAUCACCCACAUCUGAACCUGACAAUUCUCCAACUUGCACUUGAAAACGUCAGACUCAUAGCCGUCAAGCACCUCAUAAUCCCUGUAUGACCUAGGAACUCCAGAUCAGUCACCAUGCCCACCCCAGAUUUGACCUCGCCAGCCCUCUUCCCCGCCUUCUCCGCCCUUCCCCUAACCACCCCUUCCCCAUCCCCGUCCCCAUCUCAACCCGAACCCACCGAAGCCCCGAGAGAAGACAAGCGUCAAGAAUGGUACCUCCUCGCGCAAAUCAAAGAGGACAUGACGCUGACCAAACCCACCCUCAUCCUCUCCGACGUCCAAUCAAACUCCUUUGCCUUGGUCUUCGACAUGCCCCAAGACGCACUUAACCUGUCCGCGCUGGGGCUCAAAAAGGGUGCGACGGUGGUCAUACCGCGCGCUACAAAGACGUUACCGCCGGACGGCGAGGGCGGCAAGAAGCAAGGCUUUGUGCGACUGGGCAUGGACCAGGUUAGCAGCGUGCGCGCCAUCCCCGCGGGGCUUGAGAGGACUGUGCAGGUAGCCCGGUGGUUGAGGGAGCGGGAAUCCGAGACGGAGAAAGAGGGAGAAGAACGGGGCGGAGGGGGUGAGACGGGGUGCGAGAGCUGUGGGAGGCAAUUUGGAGGUCAAGGAGAAGGGUUAGUGAAGGGUAUGAGAUGUACCGGGUGUGGCGAGGUCAAGUACUGCAGCAAGGAGUGUCAGGUCAGGGGAUGGAACGAGGGUGGGCAUAAGGGGGAUUGUAAGAUCAUCAAAGCGAUUCGCUCCAUCUGGCCGUGACUGGAAUAAGGUGUGCUGAAGACACGC